CCUGUCCUCGGGGCAACUCUGCGCCCGUCUGGACUUUGCUGCAUGCUGGUGCCAGCUGCAGUUCCAAAGGGAUGGAACGCUGCACCCAGUGUUGUGUUGUCCGGGACACAGCACUUUCGCUGAGGAGUCACUUUGCAGGCUGUUGGGCCUUAACUGUUGUCCCGCCCAACGCCUUGGUGAACAGAGCGGAGGGAGUUACCCAGAAAUGGAGGCCACGGCUUUCUUUCGAAAAGGGCCAGCAAGAAGUUUUCACGCUAAGGACGCAAGUUGGGAAGGCAUCCUGACGUCUUGUUUGCGCAUCGGCUUCGAAUGUCAGGGAAUCCAAAGCAUCUGAAAGAACGGUUAUAGUUGCUGGUCUUCCAGUUGGCCUUUAUAAUGAUCGGUUACUGUCCACAUUAAUGAAGAGUUACUUCCAAGAUACUAAGAACAAGGGCGGCGUUGUUGAAGAUGUGAUAUAUCCGACAAGAACCAAGGGAGUUGCGUAUGUUAUAUUCAAAGAAAAAAAAGUUGCAGAGAAUGUCAUCAGAAAAAAGGAACACUGUCUGACAAGGAAGGUUGGACUCAUGCAUCUCACAGUCUCUCAUUUUAAUGAAAAGGUCUUCAGUUCUGUAAGAGCUAUCCUUGAUCUCUCUAUUUUUGGGAGUCAAGUCAUUCUAGAAAGUCUGGUCAUGGACCUGAAAAAGAAGAUUCCAACUUUAUGCUUCAGUCCUCUGGAAUACAAUGGAAGAAUCUCUGUACAAGGAUCGUUUCUGGCUAUCAAAAGGCUCAAAGAAUUUUUGCUAUUAAAAACAAGUUCUCUGUUAGAAAAAAACAAGAGUUUUAUCAGUGACGGGGAAAAGCGGAGUAGACAGAGCCCCAGAAGGAGUCUACGGAGAAGUAGUAACUCUGUGGAGCCACUCAGGCCCUCAGUACCGGAGACCGCUAGAAAUGGAGAAACGCUUGUUCUCGACACAGAUAUUUUUCUUUACCUGAAAAAGAAGAGCAGAGUUUAUGAAAGCACUUUGAAAAAAUUUCAUGUUCUAUGUCAGGAGAGGGUGGAUGGCGAAAUUACCACAAUUUGCAUAAAAAAUGCUCAAGAUGGUUCUCGGCCAAAUAAUGAAAAACUUGUAAAAGAGUACAUUGAGAAAUAUUCACAUGCUCUUCACUCUGAGCUUAGAAAAGAGACAUUUGUUUUGGAAGGAAAGAAAAAUAGAGCGAAAAAUAUUAAGUUGGCAUGUGAACAACUAAGUUCGAGGUACCUUCAGGUUCUGAUUAAUUUUUAUAAGACACACAUUGAUAUUAUAGGAUCUUCUUCUGAUACUUACUUGUUUAAAAAAGAGGUCAUGGAAUUAAUGAGGCAAAAAGUUAGGUAAUAGAAUCUCAGCAAUAGUGAUGAUAAUAGCUGCUGCUUUCCCUUACUAAGCACUGACGAUGCCAUGCAUGACACUAGCGUUACACACUUUAUCUCACUUAAUCCUUGCAACCAUCCUUCAUCAUAGGCAUUACUAUCCUCAUAGGAGAAGAAACUAGGAUUUGGAGAGGUUAAAAUACUUGUCUGAGGUUAUCCAGAUGGCAAGGAAUGGGGCCGAGGUUAAACACUACAAAGAUAAUAUCUAAGGUAUAGAAGUUUGAAAAAAAAAAAUCUCACUACACUUUAAAGAAAUCUCACUUUCUCUGCAACCCCGAAGUCUUAGAAAAAGAGGUAGCCUUAAUUCUAACAUAUGAGACGUUCAGAUGAGGAUGAUUAUGCUAUUGGCAAUUUAGUAUUUACAAAGUUUGUGUUUACUCCAAAUAGAAUAAGAAUGCUGGCAAAAGUCACUUGAGAAGCUACUUAGAUAGAAAGUAUUUCUGAUGCAGGUAAAUCAUUACUUAACUAAAUCUCAUUGGUACAAGGCUGUUGGACAUAUGGGACAUUUUUAUUGCUGGUUAUUUAGCCUGAGUGCUUAAAUAAAAUGUUGGUUCUCCUGUUAUAAUUAUGAAGAAAA